AUGAAAAAAAUUUCUCUUCAACUUUUUCACAAAACCCAUUUUUCAAUCAACAAGUUUUCAUCGCAUGCAUUUCAAGAAAUCCUUUUCCACUGCAUUUCGCGUUUCGAGGGUUUCCAUCGCAUGCAUUUCGAAGUUUGAAGCUCUCUCCUGUGACGAAGUUCGAACUAAAUCCAAGUGUUUUGACACCCUUCCGUGACGAAGCUCUCUUCUUCUCCACACUCGUUCAGACACCCUUCUGUGACGAAGCUCUCUUCUUCUCCAUCACCGCUCAUUUGCUCACUCGCUCACUCUCACUUCACCGAAGCUAAGAGGAAACCAAUUCGUACUGACGAUAACAAGCUGAGAGGAAACCAUUUCACAGUGGCGACAUUGCAUCUUUUAGAUUAUAAUGACCGACCUGAUCUUGGCCAUGAAGAUCGAGAAAUGGUGAUUGAAGAUCUGGUAAGAGAGAUAACUUCAAUAUGGCAGACAGAUGAGCUUAGACGUCAGAAACCUACUCCAGUUGAUGAAGCUAGAGCUGGAUUGAAUAUUGUGGAGCAGUCGCUGUGGAAAGCUGUUCCUCAUUAUUUACGUCGAGUCAGCAAUGCUUUAAAGAAGCACACAGGGAAACCACUUCCAUUGACUUGUACUCCCAUAAAGUUUGGGUCUUGGAUGGGAGGUGAUAGAGAUGGAAACCCAAAUGUGACAGCAAAUCAUGUUUAUUUAUGUCUAUUCAUUUAUUUGCAUAUCAUGUUUUUAAUGACAUGUUUUUUUUGUGAAGCAAAUGGUGAAUCUGAUCAUCCAAGACUCGACAUUCCGGGACCUGAUUACAAACAACUCAAUCACAAGGAUGGUAAGACUUCAACUACAAAUGUGAGUAAUGCUGGAAGUUCCAAUAGCCAUUCACGACAACUUUGUUCACUGACAACUUUGUAGAUAAUACACAUGUAGAAAAUUGUUCACGACAACUUUGUUGAGGCAGUCAAGUUUGUAUUGGUUUUCCUCUUUUCCCUGUUGUCUAUAUUGCUUUGGCUUUAGUACUUAGUGGUUAGGCUGAUUUUUGUAGUCAGUACACUUGUCUAUCAAUGCCAACAUAAUACAUCAUUAUAAUUUCCAAUUUUCUAUUUUUAGUUAAAGGGAUAUAUUAGGACACUUGUAUAUUGCUGCCACAUUAUACACUAUUAUGUAAUGAAUGACUGUAAAUGUAUGUGAAGUGAUUGUUGAAAUGGCAAGUUUGCCGAGGUUAUCAAAUCUGUUUUGGCUUCCUCUUUUCCAUGUUGUCUAAACUCAAAAUGGCUGACUAAUUAAUUUAUUGUUGUUCUGACAUUACACUUAGUACUUGUCUAUUGCAGCCAACAUAAUACAAUAUUCUAAUCAAUAUCGAAAUAUGUGUGCACAAGAAAUUGUAUAACAUUAAUUAACUUA